AUGGCUGCAGUCUUGGCCUGGUGGCCUCCGUGGGCGGCGGGUGGGGGAGGCGCCACGAAGGCCACUCCACCGAUCCUGAAGGCCUCGCCGGAGAACGCCACGAGGAGCGCAAAGAGCAUUGCGAGCCUCGUGAAGACCGACUCGGGGUGCCUCGUGCACAUCGGCCGGACGAUCGGGUGGAUCGUGCGCGGGUGGAUCGGGAAGGACCUGGCCGUCUUAGAGCGGGAACGCGAAGAGCGCAGUUCCGGCGGCGGACUGGCCGAGGGCGAGGCGCUGGACGUGGCAGCCGAGGCAGAGUGCGCGAAGCACGGCGCGGCGCCCGCCCGGAAGCCGCAGCUGCGGCGGGCGCGGACGGAGCCCCAGGCGUCUCCAGCGCUGAGCGUUACCGACCUGGAGCCGCCUUUGUCGGCGACCUCCGAGCUGUUGGAGCACCACUCCCUGAGCCCCGCCAUCCCCGCGGCGGAGGCGAUCUCGCGCGACGCCCAGCUUCGCCGGGGAAAAGGCGCGGCGCGAGUCGCCCCGGACCAAGUCCAGGCCGAGCGCCAGAGGGAGGACGCUGGCCUCGCGCAGCGGCGGGAGAACGAAGUGCUCCUCGAGGAAAAUGCCACCUUGCGCGCGCAGAAGAAGAAACUGGACCAGAAAAUGAAGAAGACCGUUGGGGAGGUCGACCUCCUCCUCUGCCGGUUCCAGGCGUGCGAGGAGGAGCUCCGGCGGCUCCCGGCGCCCCAGGAAGCAGCGGCAGCCAUGCCCGCGCCAGCUUCCUCGUCCGCAUCUCACGAAGAGAUGCAGCAAGAGCUCCAGGCCUUGCUCGCUGCCGAGAAGAAGUCUGGCCGCCAGAGAAGGCAGCAGGAGCUAAACGAGGCGAACUCUGCGCUCCAGGCGUCGAGAGAGGAGCAGCUGGAGGCGCAGCACACGCUGGAGCGGGUUCGCUCGGAGCUGUCGGAGGC